CAAUUCUUAGCCCUGGUGCUUCGGAUCCUUUACCAUCAAGUGUUCAACCAGAGAGUCCACCUAGGACCGCUGAAGGCAAUCGGGAUGUUCGAUUGCCAGCCAGUGAUUUUGUCUCCGGAACCACCACCCACGGGCACUUAUCAUCUAGCGACUUUUUGUCUACAACUCCAGUACAACUACUAGCUGGAGGAUUUCAUACAGCAGGCAUUCCAUCAUCAAAUACAACAGUCGCGGACCAACUCGCGGGUCUUUUG